GAGCAGCUCCAGCCCGCACCCAGCGCCGCUGCCAGCAGGCGCCGCAGGCGGCAGGCGCCGCGGGGUCCGGCCGAGAGCCGGGGCGGUGCCGGGGGGCUGCGGGCGGAGCGGCCGCGGCCCCUCCCCGGGGCUGACGGAGCCGAGCCGAGCCUGCCGGAGUCGCGCUGCCUGCCCGCUUCAUCCCCUCCGUCCUCUCCGCGGCUUCGGUAUGUCGUCGGGCGGCAGCCUGAGCAUCAUGCAGCGGCUGGUGGAGCAGCUCAAGCUGGAGGCGGCCGUGGAGAGGAUCAAGGUCUCUCAGGCAGCUGCAGAACUCCAGCAGUACUGUAUGCAAAAUGCCUGCAAAGAUGCCUUGCUUGUUGGUGUUCCUGCAGGGAGCAAUCCCUUCCGAGAACCCCGAUCCUGUGCUCUGCUCUGAAAUCAGGGAAGGUCAUUGGAGAAUUGCCUUCAAGCAUGACAUGAAUAACAACUGCCUUUCCUUCACAAGAAAAGUCUCUGUCUUUUAUGUGGCUAAAACAGCAUCCUAGAUAUCUGUGUGUUCUUGUUAGGCUGUAUUCCACUAUAUUUUAGUAAUGUUCUUGAAGGUUUUUAAAUGUAACUCUUACUCUUUCCCUAAUCAUCAGCACUUUUACUACACUGUGCUAACUGUACAAAUAUUACUUGAGAAGUUUACAUUUUAGAAAUGAAAAAAAAGUGAUUUUUUAACCAAAUUACGUAUUCUGAUUUAGAUAAACUGUAACACUAGAAUAAUAGCAAAAAUUAUUCAAGGGGAUUUUUUUUCAAAAUAAAACAACUCAAAAAUUAAUAAUUAAAGUAUAAAGCUAAAUGCUGUUAGUGCUGAACUAAUGUCCUCAGGAGACAUUUUGCUUCCAUUAGCAAGACCUGGAACCAACUUUAAUUUUUUUUCAAGUGCAUCUCAGUGCAUAAAUGACACAUUUUAGUAACUACUGAAUACAAUAUGUAGCAGAGGCUUGAUUCCUAAAGCAUGUUCCUUGCAAUACUUCUAAUCUAUAAGCCUCCUUCUACUUUGGAUUUGUAACAGUACUGUUGUGGUGGAAUUUUCUUGAUGUAUUUAAAUGUUACCAAACAGACACUAAGAAUCUGUGAACACCCAAAGAUAACCGCAUGCAUCAUUGUCAUGGUUUGCAAUACACAGGAUUUACUAAAAUAUGUUUGGUUAUUUGCCUUCACUUUUUUGAUAGAGCACUUUUACAAGAACAACUUUUUAAAUAGGUUUUUAAUUUUGUCUACUUUCUAUUGUUUGUAUUAAUCUUUUAGAAGUUUGGAAAUAAAGUUCCUAUCCCUCUUUGCUUUGAA